AUGCCUUCCUUCUUCAAAACACUCACUCUCAACGUUCUGCUAGCUGGUGCCCUCGUGGUCCAGGUUGCAAACGCCCACCCUCUCACAGACACCAAUGUGCGUAACCUCAUCGCCGGCGACGACAUUGACAGCGAUGUCGACGUGCUUGGUGACUUUGAGAAUCGUGGCAAGAAACAUCCAAAACUGUCGACUGCCGAUUUCCCGAGUAAGGGCUAUUCCUGCCCAAAAACCAACAAAUACCCGGAGAUCACCACCUACACAUCGGGGCAAUUGACAAAAGCAUACGCGAAAGCAGCGAAGUAUGCCAAUGAAGAGCGUUACCCUCAUCGCUUUGCGAACUAUGACGGCCUGCCUUUCCCGUGUGGCUCUAAAACGAUGGAGUUUGUUCUUGACAAGAAGGACCCAGGCACAGUAUACAACGGCGGUGAGGUGAAGGAGCUUCCCGAUCGGCUUAUCUUCGAGUACAGCCGUAAAGGCGAAACUGCUAGGGCGCAAUUCUGUGGUGUUAUCCGCCACGAAGGCGACGGGUUCGUAAACUGCCCCACUGUUUGA